UUCUCAUCCUCUAUCCGAGGCAAACCAGCACAGCCUCACAUGGACCCAAGACUUUAACGUCGCAUCAAGACUCUUUAAAUAGUUCAGUUCGGAAACACAAAGAAGUGGUUUGAUCAGAGCGGUUCACGGGAUCCUGCGUGCGUUUUAGUUAAAGCAGUCAUUCAAGAAGAUUGCAGUUGGGCUUUUACGAGUACAGACGAGUGUUAUCUACGAUUUCUUUGCUAAAGACUUCUUAAGAGGAAUAAUGAGGAACAUUUGGAUAUUCCUGACAUUUGCAUCAGUUUUCUUCCUUUCCAGCGAAAGGGUGCUGGUCUCAGGUCAGUCCCCUGGUGAUGAUCUGUAUCUGUAUGGGCAGCAGUCUGGUGACUACCCUUUAGAUGAUGAUGACUUCACCUCUGGUUCAGGAUCUGGUUUCAGUGAUACAGAUGAUGAUGAGGAUACUUCCACAGUAAAUGUGCAGUAUCCAGAAUUCAAUCCAGGUUCCACACAGGAGCCUGUUUACACCAGCAGCCCCAGUCUGGAGUCCUCAACGUCCAGAGAGGUGGAGAGAAUCGACAUCGAGACGUUCAUUGACACGGACCUGGAUACAGAGUUUUCUGAAUAUCAGACAGAAAAGCCCCAGGUCACUGUUGAAGCCACUAGCUCACCGAGUGGUGUACAAGAUGCUGACCAACUGCAUGAGGUUCGCACAGAAAAUCUCUUCCAGAGGACAGAAGUGCUGGCAGCGGUUAUAGCUGGGGGAGUGAUUGGCUUCCUGUUUGCCAUCUUCCUCAUCCUCCUCCUGGUGUACCGUAUGAGAAAGAAGGAUGAGGGUAGCUAUGACCUCGGAGACCGCAAGCCGCCCAGCUCGGCCUAUCAGAAGGCUCCAAGUAAAGAGUUCUAUGCCUGAAUGACCAAUCAUUGCCAACAGCAACAUCCUUAUGACAACCAUCUCCUCUCCAAGAAUAACCUGGGUCGGUUGCACCUUGAAGAGAUGUUUUUACAGGGAGCCUGUAUCUAAAUAAUGUAACAAAGUAAUUUUGCUUCACAAAGCCAACCAAGGCUUUUAUUUUCUGUUUUGGGGUCAAAAAUGGCAAACAUUUUUUUCUAUGGUUUUUGAAUUGUUGCAAAACAAAUGUUUGAAAGUCAUUUCUUCGCAGGUUAUAGUCAUUGACUACUUUGUAACAGUAGACGAAUGUUAUGUUGAACAACAAGACAAUUCAGAGAUGGAAAUUAUGGGUUAUAAAUUUGCUCUAUCUGAUACCUUUAAUUUUUCACUGAUUACAUUUCAGUAGCUUGUGAUCUCAAUGUUGACUUUAAUAAUUUAGUUUUCAUCUCUGUGUGGAUGAAAAAGCUUUCUGUUUUUGUAAACAUGUUCUUUCUUCUGUGUGCUUCAUGAAUGUUUGCCUUUUGUCUGGCCAUUAAUCAAAGCAUUACAAAAAAAACCCACAGCAUUUAUAUUUAGACAUAUUUUGUCAUUUCAUGUAUUUUAUUUUUCUAUUGUAAUGGGUACAGUGUUGAAGUCCCUGAAAGCUCAAAUUCUACUUAUCUUGAAGCCAAGAACACAUUCCGAUAUGCUUGUAUCUCUCUCUCUCUCUCUCUCUCUCUCUCUUAUGCAGGAUCUUCCUUAAGUACAAUCUGAAUACUUUAUUAGGUUUAAGCAUGAAAAUUGAUAAUUGCACAACAACUCUUUAAUACCUAGUUACCCUAUAGUUACAGAAAAGCAUCUUUCCGUGAGUGUUUUCAGAUGAAGUAUUGUAAGUUUGGUAGGUUGCACAGAAUGUUUAUGAGUUAAAGUGAAAGAUGGCAGUAUUACUGAUUUCAACGCCCACACGGGUUUCCAAUCGACACAUUUUCAACGCUCACUGUUGACUGAAUGACUUAAUGAAGGCCCUUUUUCUUUCACAAUAUUAACCUUUGUGUGGAAGCGGAUUUAAAAAUGAACUCUCUCAUGUUCUGCUGAAUGUCUCUGACCUUCCAAAGAGUGUUGGUUACAUUGAUGGUGAAUAAUAGUGUGGACCACAUGUGCUCAUUUUUACUCUCUCCUUAUCAUGUGCAUUUCCUUUCAAGAUCAUUUAGUCGAUGACGUCUCUGUAUAUGUUAAUAUACGAUAAUUUAUAGAAUAUAAUUAUUUAUAUACUACAUAUUAUAUGUAAUAUGUUAGUUAAAAUCUAUGAAAAUGUAUAUUCACAAAUGUUUUAGAAACCCUUGAAGUGCCUACUGUUCUGAAACAGAUCUACAGGGAUUUGACGACAUUUGUGCAUCAGAACGGAGUUAAAAGUUGGAACUGGAGAAAUGUGAUAAUGUCACAGAAUUACAGAAACAGUAUUGUAUUUCAAAACACUACUGAAUAAACAUUUUCUCAUGGUAUUUUAA